AUACAACCCAACACCCACUGUGUACUGCUCUGUUCCCGCUGCCCAAAACUCUUGUCCAUAUCCUCUCCUCUUUCUCUCUCCCUCCUUUUACCCUUCAUCAUUUCCUCUCUUCACUCAUUCAUUCAUUCACAUCUCUGUUUUCUUUUUCUCUAGUCCUCUUCACCAUCAUCACACUUCCCAGAAAAGGUCUACACAUCAAUUACAUUUUCUCCUCACCAUUUUUUCAUUCCUUUUUACUCAUAAAAAUCACGUCCUUCACCUUUCCCUGCGCAUGCUCAUUCCGUUUUUGUUCAAAUUCCUAGCACAUUAACACAACUAGAAGAAGAAAACCCAGAAAGAAUGUGUUAAUUUAAGCAUCCAUUUGGCUGUUAGGUCUCUGGAUAAGCCUAGCCACCCUUUUCGUGUAUAAAAAUCUCGUCUUUAUUUUAGAUUAGGCUAAAUAAGUUGGGAAGAAGAAGAAACGAUAGUCAAUUGAUUGAAGAAGAGAGUGAAAAAGGUUUUUAAUUUGAGGAAGAUUUUUAUGUGCCACUGCCAUGGGUUGUACACAGUCUAAGAUAGACAAUGAGGAGUCUGUUUCGAGAUGUAAAGAGCGGAGAAACUUCAUGAAGGAAGCUGUUACAGCCAGGAAUGCUUUUGCCUCUGCACAUUCCGGCUAUGCCAUGUCUUUGAAGAACACCGGCGCCGCCUUGAGUGACUACGCGCAAGGAGAAGCUCCGCCGUCUGCUACUACUUCCGUGCCCGUUGAGCCUUCAUUGGAGCCACCGAGGCCUCCACCUCCGCCUGAAUCCCCAUUCCCUCCGCCUCCUCCGCCUCUGCCGACCUUUUCCCCUUCUCCGGUACCGCCCCUUCAACGCUCCAUGACCAUGCCGGAGUUCUCGUCCUCGAAGCCCACCAGGCUGAAAAUGAAAGGCAUUGAUGAGAACGAAGACGGGGAUGAAAAUGAGGAAGAGGAAGGGGAAAUUAAAUCGCGUCGGAAAAUGGGUAGGCCAAGGAAAAAUAAUCUCAGGCGAAAUGGGUCUGAGGAUAUUUCCCCUGUAACCCCUGUAAGGACUCCAACUCCACCGCCACCGCCGGAGAUUAAAGGGAUGGCAUGGGAUUACUUUUUUAUGGUUGAUGAAAACAUGCCGGGAUCAAGUUUGGGUGGUGUUGAAGAAGGUGAUUAUGGAAUGGAGGAGGAAAAUGACAAUGAGGAUCAAAGAUUUGAUCACGUCGUUAAUGGGCAUGACGACAGUGGUGUUGAAUUUAAGACUCCAGAGAAAGUUGGGAUUGAUAGGGGGAUGGAGACUGAGGAGGAGGUGACCCCUGUGACGGCCAGUGACAAGCAUUUUGUGCAUUCAAAUACAGCACCUGCAGGAAUUAGGGGAGGAGAUAACAGCGGGAAAGCUGUGUCCAAUGGAGUGGAGUUGUUGAAGAUUUUGGGAGAUGUGGAUGAUCAUUUCUUAAAGGCUUCUGAGUGUGCACAAGAGGUUUCUAAGAUGCUUGAAGCUACCAGAAUGCAUUAUCACUCAAAUUUUGCAGAUAAUCGAGGUCAUAUCGACCAUGCGGCAAGGGUCAUGAAAGUCAUCACAUGGAACAGAUCAUUUAGAGGAGUUCCAAAUGGGGAUGCUGCCUUGGAUGAUCCUGAUGCAGAUGAAUACGAGACACAUGCCACUGUCUUAGACAAGUUACUUGCAUGGGAGAAAAAGUUAUACGAGGAAGUUAAGACGGGCGAGCUCAUGAAGAUGGAAUAUCAGAGAAAAGUAGCUGUGCUGAACAAGCUAAAAAAACGUGGUGCCACAACAGAAUCACUGGAGAAAGCAAAGGCUGCUGUUAGCCAUUUGCACACACGGUAUAUUGUUGACAUGCAAUCAUUGGAUUCAACUGUCCUGGAAGUGAAUGAUAUUCGUGACAAGCAAUUGUAUCCGAAACUUGUUGCGCUUGUCAAUGGGAUGGCGAAAAUGUGGGAAGCAAUGCUUGUGCAUCAUACAAAUCAGAUGAAUAUUGUAACAGACCUAAAAUCCCUUGAUAUUGCUGGUACUCCCUUGGAAACUAGCAAACAUCACCAUGAGCGGACUCGACAGCUUCUGCAUGUUGUUGAAGACUGGCUUUCACAUUUAAAUAAGCUUGUGACCAAUCAGAAACUGUAUGUUAACUCUCUGAACAGCUGGUUGAAGCAAAACCUGAUACCCAUUGAGAGCAGCUUAAAAGAAAAAAUAUCAUCCCCUCCCAGAAUCCAGAACCCUCCAAUUCAAUCCCUACUCCAAAUGUGGCAUGAUCAUCUCGAGAAGCUUCCUGAUGAGGUUCCGAAAAGUGCCAUCGGUUCCUUUGCUGCGGUGGUGAAGACCAUCCUUGAUCAUCAGGAGGAAGAAAUGAAGCUAAAAGAGAAGUGGGAGGAAACCAGGAAAGAAUACUUGCGCAAGAGUCAAGCAUAUGAUGACUGGUAUCACAAGUACAUGCAGCGUAGAACACCGCCCUCGGAUGAGACAGGUGCUGACGGAGGUGAAGAAACAACCAAUCCAAAAGACCCUAUUACCGAAAGGCGGUUUGUGGUGGAGAGCUUGAAGAAGAGGUUGGAUGAUGAAAUGGAAGCUCACCGGAAGCACUGCAUUCAAGUGAGGGAGAAGUCUUUAGGAAGUCUCAAAAUCCGGUUGCCGGAACUCUUUAGAGCUAUGUCAGAUUACGCCCGUGCGUGUUUAGAUUCUUAUCAUAGUUUGAGAGUCCUCACACAAUCUCAGAAUGCAAAUUCUGGUUCUUCAUAGCACAGUAUGAGAUUAGGAGUGAAUUUUAGGUUAUUUAUGUAACUUAAGUUGUUUUCUUGCCCCCUUUUGUAGUGAAUUUAGGUUAGUUCAUGUGUGCUAAACUUUGUGCUUUUUCUCCAACUUAGGUUACCUCCAACUAGGGUUGGCUGCAAAAAUGUCAGAUUUGCAAGAUUAUUCAUUUCUGCAGCCCCAGAUAGUGUAUUAGUACUUUCAAUAUCAAAUAGUAUUAGUUUUUAAAAGUAAUCUUGUUGUAUUUACGUGAUCUCUGUGACCUAAGCCUCACCAGUCACCACCAGAGGGGGUAUAAAUUAGUGAGAGACCGAAGAAAUGUGUUUGGACUAAUGCAAACAUUAAAAAGUAAGGGGAAGUCCCUACAGAAAGAAAGAUUUCUUUGGCAAAAAAUCUU